ACAAAAUGGCGGACGAAGAAGAAGAUGACCCGGUUGUUAGUGAGGUGGAUGUCUUCUUAGCAAAGGCUUUGUCCAAGAAUUUGUAUCUCUUUCAAUACCCRGUUCGACCAGCUGAAGUAUCUUACGAUAAUGUUCCUCAUGUCGGAGCAAGAAUAAAACCACAGCAACAAAAAGUUGARAUUGAACUUAGUUUAAACACAAGGAGCAARAAUUACUAUCAAGCAAGAGGGGAGCAAAUUGCAAUAGAUGUUAAUGGAAGAGAUACAGCUGAAGGGGAAGGUUAUUAUGAAAGUGGUAAAAUGGAUAAGCAGGUGCUCAUAUCAUCCAGAGCAUCUGUUGGGGCUUCUCGCUAUGCUAUGGGAAUUCUAAAAGAAGGAGAACUGCAUAUCACACCUCUACAAGGAGUGCUYCAGUUACGACCAAACUUUGAUUAUAUGAAUAAAGGUGAAGCAAAUACAACACAGGCUGCAGGCAAUCAAGAUGAAGAUUCUCAAGAUGAGGAAGAAGAGGCCAAAGCUUUAACUGUGCGCUUUGCCCGUCGUGAAUCAGAAAAAGCUAAGGCUAAUCGUUUGUCUUCAUUUAAAUAUUUGGAAAAAAGGGAAGCGGAGGAAGAAUGGAUUAAUCUGGAAUACCACUCAUCACAGGACUCCCAAGCAAGAGAAGACAGAUUAAAGUUAUUCUGUGAAGAUUGCAAUAACGAAGCACCAGAGAUGUCUCUUUCACCAAAGGAUUAUCUAAAGCGUCUAAUGCCAUCAUCAACUAAGCAAGAAAAUACUCAGCCUAAAAUGCCAAGAAAUGUUUUAUCAAUGACACAACUUAGAGAAAUGGAUCUCCCUGACCAAGUCAAAGCCUUACUAAAAAAUGCCAAAGCAAUGAAUUUCUCUCAGCUGUGUGCUUUAUUAUCUCCUGUUGGCAAAGAGGCAGCCAUCUUAAAAUGUGCUCAACAGUUUGGUGUCUUAGUUCAAGGUUGUUGGGUUGUAAAAAGUGAGAUUCUUUAUCCUGAAGGUACUGUGAGUCCUAACAGUGGAAUACCUUCAGAUAUACUCUGUAGAGGCAGAGAUUAUAUUAUGUGGCGAUUUACACAGAGUAGAGUUAUAGUAAGAAAAGACAUUGCAACUAUCACCAAGCUCCCAAAUGAUGAUAUUAAAGAAAUCUUAGAACAAAUGGCAAGGAUGAGAGUAGCGCAAGGCUGGGAAUUUAUUUUACCUAAUGAUGUAGAUUUCAUUCACAAGCAUCCUGAUGUCGUCAAACAGCAGAAUACAUUCUGGGAAAAUAAACAUGAAAUGUUAUCUUCACAGCUCAAAUUAAGUAAAAUUCAUGAGAAAAGUGACAACAAGAAAUCUUCAGAUAUUCCUAGCGAAAAAAAGACAAAAGCAUCCAAGACAAAUCAUGUACUGAAUGAAAAAUCAACUAUAAACAACAAUGACAUUCCAAGGAGUGUAUCUCCAAUGGAAGUAGACUGUAAAGAAGUYACAAGAACUGAUGAAACGAAUUCUACUUUAACAAAAACACCAUUAACAAUGGAUAGUGAACACUUUGAAGAAGCUUUUGUUAAAUUACAAGACUUUGUUUGCUCAAAACUAAAUAGAACUAUUUUGAGUUUUAAAGAAUUUAAAAGACUUUUACUUCUGAAGCAGACAGCCUGUGARCCUGGAGAUGUGCUGUGCUCAGGAAUAUCUGAUGCAUUAUUAGAAGAUGUUAUUCUAUCWACUGGAGCACAGGAAAUUCAAAUAAAGUGGCCAACAAUUCGCCUUCAAAAUGAUAUCCAGUCGAGGCGUUUCUUUGCUUUUAAAACAGUAGGCGAUGCCUCAACAGAUAAGCUGAGAGAAGUUCUCCUUGAGAUGUUCCAGAGUAAUCACAGUAUCAAGAAAUUAGAUUUCCAAAGCAGAGCUCUGGAGGUUGUUGGUGUUGAACCUACAAAGAAGGAUUGGUCUGUAUUACAACAGGAUCUUCUCGAAAAAGGCAAACACCCAACGUAUUAUCUUCGAGGAAUGUCAGCGGUUMUCAACGCAACCUGACAUCAGAACCUGAAAUUGGAGGAUAAAGAUCUGAUWACUGGUCAGUAAACAAAGAGGAAUGUUGUCAAGUGACAAGAGAAACAGUCUGUGAACUCUGGAAAACAUUGGUCAAGAAAUGAAUACGGUGGCUAUYRGGAAUAAACURUGGAUGAAUUUUGCAGACAAAGUUAAUUAAUGUUUCCAGUAAAUAGUGCAACAGGUCAAAUAAAAGGUAUAUUAGGGAAGCAAUUUUAUUGUAAAAGUUUACGGUGAAUCAARACUAAAUCCGUAAGUACCGAAUGUUAAACUACAGCACAUUUGGCAAAGAAGACAAUAGCCAUUAAUGUCAUUAUAAUCAUUAUGUUAUCGUUUGACCCUCAAGUUCACUACUGAAAACAAUAAAACACUUUUGUUCAGUCA